AUGCAGCGCCGCAGCCUCAAGCCGCCGCCGGCGCCCGCGUCGCUGCGGCAGGCGAGCGACUCGGACGACGACGCGGACGCGGACGACCUGCGCUCCUCCUCCAGCGCGGGCGAGACGCGCGUGCGGCCGCUGCCGUCGGAGCCGCCCGCGCCCAACAGGCCCAGAAAGGACGGCAGCGUGCAGGUGGCCGUGCGGAUCCGCCCCAUGCUGCCGCGCGAGCUCGCGCGCAACGCCGCCACGUGCGUGGAGAGGCCGCGCGGCGAAGACAACGCGAUCCGGCUCGUGCCCACCGCCGGCGACCUCAUCGAGAGGAAGUUCACGUUUGAUCACGUGUUCCCGCAGUCUACCAAGCAACCGGAGCUGUAUGACGAGGCGCUGCGUCCCUGGAUGGCGUCCUUCCUGCAGGGCUUCAACGUCACGGUCAUCGCGUACGGUCAGACGGGGUCGGGCAAGACCCACACUAUGGGCAACAGCAUGCCGUCCACGUCCACGAUGGCCAACAGUUUGUUCGCGCGGUCUCCGUCCAGCGACGACAGCAGCGACGAGGAGGCUGCGGACUCACUCGACAGCGACGAAGGCCUGAUCCCGAGGUUCCUGCACCACCUGUUCACGAAGCUGAAUGAGGCCGGCAGCAACUUCCAGCUCUCGGUGUCGUUCCUGGAGAUCUACGGGGAGGAUAUCCACGACUUGCUGGAGAAUACUGACGCGCAGAGAGCGAAUCGACGCUCGGAGCCGCUGCAGUUGAGAGAGAACAAGAAGAACGGCGUCUGGGUGCAGGGACUGACCGAAGUUCGCGUGUCGAACCGGCAAGAAGCGAUGGAACAGAUGAGAAGAGGAUCACUGCAGCGAAUCACGGCCAGUACACAGAUGAACGAGCGCUCUAGCCGAUCACACGCAGUCUACACCGUGAAAAUGGUCCAGCGAGUUUCGGAACAGGAAUCCAAGAAGGGUCCUCCUGUACCGAACAACCAGGAGAUGGCGAAUGUAAGGAGGCGCACCAAGGUGGGAUUUGAGUCGCCAAAUGGUGGAGACGCGGGAUCAGAGACUUCGGAAGCGGAUGCGGUCAUCGUCUCGAAACUCACGUUCGUGGAUCUUGCAGGUAGCGAGCGGCUCAAAAAGACACUGGCGGAGGGUGAGCGGAUGAAGGAGGGCAUUCAAAUAAAUGUCGGCUUGUUUGCUCUUGGCAAUGUGAUCAACGCGCUCGGUGACGAUAAGCGUCGUGCUGCGUCACACGUGCACGUCCCUUACAGGUCGUCGAAGCUGACUCGGCUGCUCCAAGACGCGCUUGGAGGAAACAGCCGGACCCUUUUCAUUGCGUGCGUGUCUCCGGCAGACAUCAACGCAAAUGAGACCCUCAAUACUCUCCAGUACGCUAAUCGCGCCAAGAACAUCCAGAACAAGGCUGUGAAGAACAUUGAUAGCCGUUCAGCGGAGUUGGCGAGUUUGAAGGCCUUCAACCACUUGCUAUGUCGCGAACUCGUGAAGGCGAUCUUUGCAGAAAGAAUGCGGACGUGGCUCUCGUCACCUGAAGCCGAUCAGGAAGCGGGAAAACGACGGUCUAUCGAGCGCAAUGUCGAGGAGGCAGUGGAAAAACUCGAGCUGAUGGAUAUUGAAAUGGAGGAGAUGCAGCGUCAAAAGGCGGCACUGGCUCAGGAGCUGGAAGUUCAGGUGACGUGCUGCCGACAAGAGUGGAAGGCGAAGCAAGAGCAGAUCGAGCAGCUAAGAAAUGCUCCAGAAGAUGCCACGACAAACGCUCUGAACGUUUUAACCCGCAGGACUGAGAUCAAGGUCCGCUUUGAUGAAUAUGAUCUGGACUCCAUUUCAAGUUAUCUCAAGGAUGAAGAAAAAGAAAUGGCUGCAUUCAUCGAUGAAGACGAUGGGGCUAUCUCGUUUAUGUCGCCACUAUUUACGAAGGAAGAGCUGUCGUCAGCGUACUCGCGCGAAGUUUUGUCUUUAAUUCAAGACCAGCUUCGGAUUGCCUUCGACAAAGAAGCCCUCGAGGCUUCUAUGAACAAAGAGCUUCGAAAGCGAGCACAGUUAUUUCAGAAUAUCACGAAGGGGCUGGUGGCUUGUCAUAACGGAGAAAUGAGUGAGCAAGAGUUUAUGGAAAAGAACGAGCAAAGCUUGAAGGACUGUGAGGAUAGCAUAUCCCAAAUUCGAGACGCGAUGCGCGCGAGGCAGGGCCAACGAGCAUCAAUGGCUACGAUACUGGAUUCGAUUACGACCUUGGACGGAGCGAAAUAUGUGAUUCGGAGGCUCAUUGUGGAGAUUUAUUCUCACUGGCGGAUUUACAUGGUAUUCGACGAGGAAGAGGACUUGCGGCAUCGACUGGAGGUCGAAGAGACCAUGAACCAAAAUCUGGCAGCGAUGAAAUUUGAGAUGGAGAAGAAGGUGGAAGAGCUUGAAGUGAAGUACGAAAAGGAUGUUCAGUGCGCUUUCGAGAUGGUGACCAGCUUCAAUAAUGCAGUCGAGUCCGGUGAUCCCUCUCAAGGGCAAAAGUCUGUCAAUUUAGCAGUGACACCCACCAGGGUCGCUGCUUUAGAAGAGCGCGAAAGGCUGCUGCUCACUCAACUGGCUGAACGAGAAGACGAGAUGAAGGCGAUGCGCAUGGAAUUUGGCCGUUUUCAGGCGUCAGCCAAGAGCAUGGAGAUGAAGGAGGAAUCCUUUCGGCUGAUGAACCGUCACUCCCGGCAGUGGCUGGUGUAA